AUGGACAAUAGUGGCAACCACACGGCGACCAAAAUCCUAGCGACUCCUCCGUCCAGAGAAAGCCUGUCUGCCAGGAGCAACAUGAUCAGCACGCCCAAGCCACUCGCCUUCUCCAUUGAGCGCAUCAUGGCGCGGACUCCAGAGCCCCGCUCCAUCCCCGUCCCGCAGCUCCUCCAUGGCUCCGUGGCCAAAGGCGACCCCAAGCAUCCGCUGCACCUCAACUCCUCCAUCCCCUGCAUGAUCCCCUUUGUCCCGGUGGCGUACGAUACCCUGCCCAAAGCAGCGGUGGCUGGAGCGGAACCCAGGAAAGCUCACUUAGAUUCCUCUUCCUCGCCCUCCUUUAGCUGCGGCGAUCUCUUGAACUGUGCCCUGAGCUUGAAAGGAGAUUUCCCCCGCGAUGCCCUGCCCUUGCAGCAGUACAAACUGCCCAAGGCUUACCUGGCGGAGCGGAACAAGCUGGUGCUACCGACCGUGGACAAGUACCCGGCGGGGGUGGCCUUCAAGGACUUAUCGCAGGCUCAGUUGCAGCACUACAUGAAAGAAAGUGCUCAGAUCCUCUCGGAAAAAAUCGCCUAUAAGACGUCGGAGUUCAGCCGCGGCUCCCCGAGCAGCAAGCCCAAAGUUUUCACGUGUGAAGUUUGUGGAAAGGUAUUUAAUGCACAUUAUAACUUAACGCGCCAUAUGCCGGUGCACACGGGAGCCAGACCCUUUGUUUGCAAAGUUUGCGGGAAGGGCUUCAGACAGGCGAGCACGCUCUGCCGGCACAAGAUCAUCCACACCCAGGAAAAGCCACACAAGUGCAACCAGUGCGGCAAAGCCUUUAACCGGAGCUCGACCCUGAACACGCACACGCGAAUACACGCCGGCUAUAAACCAUUUGUCUGUGAAUUUUGUGGCAAAGGAUUUCACCAGAAAGGCAAUUACAAAAACCACAAGCUGACUCACAGCGGGGAGAAGCAGUUCAAGUGCAAUAUCUGCAACAAGGCUUUUCACCAGGUGUACAAUCUGACCUUCCACAUGCACACCCACAACGACAAGAAGCCCUUCACCUGCCCCACCUGCGGCAAAGGCUUCUGCAGGAACUUUGACCUUAAGAAGCACGUCCGUAAGCUGCAUGACAGCGCCCUGGGACUGCCCCGGGCCCCCGCCGAGCUGGGGGGGCCGGACCCGCCGCCCCCGCCCGGGGCGCUGCUGCAGGGCCCGCCGCCGCUGCAGCCGUGA